UAUGUCACAGAAUUCACUGAGCUGAUCUGGGCAAAGUCUUCCCCAAGUCCUGAUGGAAUAAAGAAUUCCACAGAGUUUGUGAGUUUCUUUCCAGACUUCAUCAAGACUGUUCGGGAUUUCAUGCUGGAGCUGAAGUUAGAUAGAGACAGCAUCAUCAUCACCGAGGAUGAGUACCUGGAGAAUGCACUGAAGCUGAUCCCACCAUGCAACAAUCCCAGAAUCCAAGCAUCCAAUUUGCCCAGGGAGUGCAUCAGACAUUUCUUUCCUAAAUGGAAGUGCUUUGUGUUUGACCGGCCAAUGAAUGACAAAGAACUCUUACAAAAAAUUGAGACAGUCUUAGAAGACCAACUGGAUCCUAAGUUUCAGGAAGGAAUAAGGGCUUUUGAUUUUUACAUUUUCACUGAUGCAAAGAUCAAGACACUCAGAGAGGGGAUUAAGAUCAUUGGGAAUUGACUGGGGACUCUGGUGACAACCUACGUGGAUGCCAUCAACAGUGGAGCAGUGCCUUGUCUGGAUGAUGCUGUGACAACUCUGGCCUAGCGUGAGAACUCAACAGCCAUGCAGAAGGCAGCUGACCACUACAGUGAGCAGAUGGCCCAGAGACUGAGGCUCCCCACAGACAUGCUCCAGGAACUGCUGUGUGAGCACACAGCCUGUGAGAAGGAAGCCAUUGCUGUCUUCAUGGAGCACUCCUUCAAGGAUGAAAACCAGCAAUUCCAGAAGAAGCUGCUGGAAUUGAUAGAUGAGAGGAAAAGGAUUUUCAUGCUGAAGAAUGAAAAUAAAGAUAAAUAUUGCCAGCAAGAACUGAAUCGACUUCCAAAGGAUUUUAUGGAAAAUAUUUCAACACUUUCUAUUCCUGCAGGACACAGGCUCUACAUGGAAAUGAGAGCAAAGAUUGAGCAUGAUUAG